AUGGAGAUGGAUGAAGAUAUGGAAAUCGAGCCGAUGGUGUUCAAUGUCAGAGAAAUCGAUCUGGAGUACGAGUUUGACGCGGCUCGGUGGUUCGAUUUUACUCGGUUGGAGUUACCGGCGGAGUCUCAGGCCGCCGAGUUCUGGUUUCAUUCUGCUCCGUCGUACGCGCCCUCUCCUUUCGUAACAAAGCUGUUACUUAGAGAGGAGGUUUAUGAUGACAAGGCCGAGGCAUCCAUGAAAUCAGAGGAUGAGGAAGUCGCAGCAGAUGUUUGUGAGAAGGAUAGAGAUUUGAAUAAGACAGGAAAUGGAAUGCGUUUUGGGAUCUUUACCUCCCAACAAGGAAGUAACUUGAAGAAAGUUCCAAAUCAACCAAUAUGCAAAGGGCCAACGGUUGGGAAUAUCAAGCACACUGAUAAACCAAGAUUCCGAGCUAAGUCAAGCAUCAGACCAACUCCAAGGAGCUCAACGUUAAUGAGACCUACUGCUAGCCAGUUAGCAAAGCAAAACAAUGCCAGUAAGUUCCAUAUGCACGUGGAUCAAAUUCAUGAGAAAGGCUUAUGUGGGACAUCUGGGUCUGAAGUUCAAGCGGCUAAAAGACAGAAGCUUGAUGGAGGUCUUCUUCGUAAGGUUGCUGAUACAAAGCAGGAGAUGAAUUUUGUCCACAAGACACCGAAGAAGGAUACAACGCUUGAUAGAAACUCACAACAUCCCAGAACAAAGACUACUAUCCCACACGAGCCAGAUUUUGCUACAUCACAGAGGGCUCACAGGAUACGGCACAAGACUGAUGCGAAGUUAGAACAGGACUCAACAGCUGUAUAUAGAUUCAAAGCACGUCCAUUUAACCGAAAGAUAUUUGAUACUCCCUCAAUGCCCAUCCGGCAAAAGAGCACUCCAAAACUGCCUGAAUUCCAAGAAUUCCAUUUGAAGACUUCAGAAAGGGCUAUGCAACAUUCUUCAGCAGUAACAACAAGGUCUAAACAAGGGAAUGAUGCGUAUAAGGGGUCAGCCAAAUCUAAUAUAAAUGAUCUGCUUGACGGUGUUGACAGAAUAACUAGAAGACCAAGCACUAUGGAUAUAUCUAGGAAUGAUGUCUCAGAGGGAAAACACGUUUUCAAAGCUCGUCCUCUGAACAAGAAGGUACUUUCAAGCAAAGGAGACAUGGGCAUUUUCAAAAACAGCAAGCGAGAAACAACAGUUCCUUUGGAGUUUAGUUUUCAAUCAGAAAAGAGAGUUCGACCAGAUUUACCAACAGACCUCUUCAGCAAGCUCUCCAUCAACUCCGAGCUCAAGCCCAACAAUGGAUCUCACACAAGAUUUACUCAACCAAAGGUCUCAAAGGAAAAUAGAGUGAACCCUUUCCAGGCAGGGAAUGAGAUAACAAGAAUGGCAGCGGGAAAAUCGGUCUCUUCGGUUGGACAGCAGAUACAAUUUGGUAACAGCGGAAUAUUUCCUGAAACAAGCCAGCGAAGGACCACUAAUAGGAGCUUUGGCAUUCGGUGA